AUGGUUCUAGGAGGUCUAUUUCUUUUCUGUGCAAGUUUGCUAGUCGCUGUACCCUCAAUAUGCCAAGGGGCAUGUUCCAUCAAUCCCUACUGCUCAGACUGUGCUAAUUAUACUGAAGAAGGACAGACUAAAUGGAGAUUUUACUGCAACCCUUACAAUGAGUAUUUUAUAGAUCAUUCGCACUUUACGGCUACCAAUGAUACGGUCGAUUUAUUUCAAGUCAGUUCUUUUUCACCGAGUUCUACACUUACUAUCAACAGUGGCGCUUUUCAAAAUAUCCCUAAUAUCAUACGUGUAGACAUAAGGAACACGCUAGGCAGCAGUCCUUCUAUAGAUUGGUGGGCUUUCUAUUACGGCGGUGUAGAGAACAGCCUGCGAACUUUGUUGUUCCGGAACUCCUACCUUACCACCGUCCCCUCAGUCUUGUCAUAUCUAACGGCUUUACAGGAGCUGGACCUUGCAGGCAAUAGAAUAACUGGUGACCCAUCAAACUAUCUUAGUUACCUGACAUCACUCCGGUCGCUGUGGCUUGACAACAACUAUCUAUUGAGUAGUAUCCCAUCAUCCUUGCAGCGCCUGACUUAUUUAAGGAAAUUGUCUCUCAGAAGCUGUAACCUCAACCAAAGUUCAGUGACGUCAUUUGGCAAUCUACCCUCCUCUUUAGAGUGGCUGGACGUUUAUAAUAAUCGACUGUAUGAAAUACCUCUGGGUAUUGGCUUGCUUCAAAAUCUGACCUAUCUAAACAUGAAAUAUUGUAAUCUGAACUCUUUGUCGGACAACGUCUUCCUCAAUCUAAAGAAGUUGGAAAUCCUAGAUCUAAGUCGAAAUCCCAGUGUCGUUUCUACCCUGAACGUUCUUGCCAAUCAGAAGUCGUUAAGGAUUCUCAGGCUCUCCCAAAUUAGUUUGUCUUUAACAGACAUACCUGAUGCAAUAUCAGGAAUGGAAAAGCUGAUAGAACUUGACCUAAGCUAUAAUGGAAUACGAGAAUUAAAUCAUGGUCAAUUUGUCAAACUGGUACAGUUAAGAAAACUUAGCCUGGACCACAAUAAAAUAGCUUCUCUUGAACGGAUGUCGUUCCAAAAUUUUGGCCAUCUGGAGGAACUAGACCUAAGUUAUAAUCUUAUACACGAAGUUACCCCGAUCCUCUUUGUUCCUCAGUCCAUAAAGAAUCUUAACCUGGAAGGCAAUAAAUUUGAAACCUUUGACAAGUGUACGGUUGCAAACUUACAGGCAUAUCUUCAGAACUCCUACAUUUCAAGCAACCUUUUCAAUUGCGAUUGUCGUUUGGCCUGGGUUCGAAAACUGUCAGCGUCUUUCGGCUCAAGGGUAAGUUUUAGUGGAUCGUGUUAUCUACCAAGAGAGCUAUACGGCCAGUCAUUGUCUUCAUAUCCCCUAGAUGGUUGCACGUCUGAAGACGAAAGUUUUGAAAGCUGCAACAUUGUCAGGACGCCCGAGGCUUCGUUCGUCAAUUCAGCCCAAAUAUCCGGUAUCAAAAAGGACCUCGACAUCGUUCAAACUUUCACAACGGUGUCGGUAUCCGUCGCCGUUGUCGCCCUCCUGGCAUUUGUCGCUACUAUCGCUAUGUUGCUGACAUGCUUCUUCAAGCGAAGGAACCGAGUGCCCUCAAAUGGGAGGAGCCGGGGUCACGUCAAUCAAGGUCUUCAACUAUCGGAAGCUGCCCAGGGUGAAAGGGCACCUGAAUGUCGAAGUUCUGGAGAUAGUCUGUAUCAGAACACGGAUGGAACGGCCAGCAGAGGCCCGAGUGCCGACUAUGAACCUUUGAGGAAUACAUGCGGGGUUGCAAACAACACGGAGGCUCCCCUGUAA